AUGAAGUUCUCCUACGCUGCUUAUCUCAUUUCCCUCUACUUGUACCUCUCCUCCGUGACAGCCUCCCCCGUUGGUCCUGGCAGCACAACCCUGAAUCCUGUCGCCGGACCUGAAGCUGGAGCUCUCAGUGAUACCGCUUCUAAAAACAAGUUGCCAUCGAACAAGGAGCCCGUCGUGUCCGGCACUGAGAAGCAGCCAUUGAGUGCAGUUACUCCAGCUCGGUCUGUCGCUCGUCCUCAUGAGAAUAAGAAGACUCCUCAUAGGAAAACCCACCAUGUCCAGAAAGCUCGUCCCGAGCAGGGGAAUCUAUGUCAGACCGGUGAAUCUUACUGCUGUAAUGAGGAGGACGGGAAAAACGUCUGUAACAAGUCUGGAGUAAGCUGUGACCAGACAGUUGUCUGCUGCAACAACUACGAUGGCAACCAAUUCUGCAUGGGAGAUAUCAACUUCAACAUGCCGAUUACCUUUAACUUUGACUUGAACUUUGAUUACUAG